CUCCACAGUCAUGGAUGGUGAUUGGCUUUUUGUGCAUGCACAGCCAGCCACAGCCACGCUGCGUUCGUGGGCGCAGUGUAGACAUUCACGAAGCUGACCUCCGCUCCUCAUUCUCUCUCUUCUCUCUCCAGGAAUCACGCCUUGAUCGGAUUGUGUGUCCUACCCUCAUGCCAUUCGCAAUUCGCGCGUAACCGAACGAACAUGGAGAAGCCAUCUCCAACCACGUCGACGAACAGACUUAGCACCUGGGUGUCGAAGCUGAAAUCUGCGAACACCAUUGUCAAAACGCAUGACAGGCUCCGUUGGGCUGCAAUUAACGGCAACCGGGAGGAAAUAUCUAAACUCCUGAAAGAACAUUCACGCUUCUCCACUCUCACCGGGGGACAGAGCGCCUUGGACGUCAACGCCCAAGACAAACUUGGGAGAUCCGCGCUGCAUUGGGCUGCAGCUCGGGGAAAGGCAGAGUGUGCAAGUGAACUCACGCUUCAUGAGAAGGCGAAUCGACUACUCAAAGACAAAGAUGGCAGAACUCCGCUUCACGAGGCUGUAAUCAGAGGCCACGAGGCCAUUGUCAACAUACUCCUGGAAAAUCAGAUCCCUCAUGCUGUCGACAGAGGAGACAAUCACGGUCGAACGGCACUUCACUGGGCAGCUGAGAAUGGGAAUGAGGAGAUGGUGCAGUUCCUUAUCGACAGGGAUGCCGAUAUCUUGAAGGAAGAUAAGUGCAAAGAUACAGCACUGCAUAUGGCGGCUCGAAACGGUCAUCAGACUAUAGUACAGACGCUUGUGAAGAAGAAUGCCCCCGUUGAAGCCGCCACAGUGCGCUUGGCAGCUGAGAAUAACCACCAAGAGGUAGCGAAGUUUCUCAUCCAGAAUAAAGACCCCGAGGAAGAGGAUGGGGUAAUUGCAGUGGAAUUAGCACAGAAAUGGCCUGGUGUUGGAGAGAUACUACUCUUGCGGGCUGCUGGGGAGGGGCACGAGGCUGUGGUCAAGCUGCUGCUUGAGGGGGGAGCUAGCGUCGAUGCAAAAGAUCGGGAUGGCCAGACGCCGCUGUGGCGGGCUGCUUGGGGGGGGCACGAGGCUGUGGUCAAGCUGCUGCUUGAGGGGGGAGCUAGCGUCGAUGCAAAAGAUCAGGAUGGCCAGACGCCGCUGUGGCGGGCUGCUGGGGAGGGGCACGAGGCUGUGGUCAAGCUGCUGCUUGAGGGGGGAGCUAGCGUUGAUGCAAAAGAUCAGGAUGGCCAGACGCCGCUGUGGUGGGCUGCUAGGGAGGGGCACGAGGCUGUGGCCAAGCUGCUACAAGAUGCUUCUAAAAUGGGCGAUAAAGUAAACUAGCAAUUACUAUUUUAUUUCUAUUCAGAUUUGUCUUCAACAGAAGGGCCUGGGAGACGGGGUAAAUAUAUACUUCUCAUGAUUACAUUCUAGCAGUUUCUAG